GGCAACGGUAACGCGACAAGCCAUGGCAAAGCGGAAGAGAGCAAUUGCUGAGCACGUGGGCACGGGCGCGGCCAAGGCGCUGAAGAGCAAGAAAGAUGAAGCUACAUCCGCCCCCAGGCACGCUGCAACCCACGAUAUCGCGAUUCACCAGAGAACAGAAGCUGCGACCAACGGGAAGGCAGCCACAAGCAAAACUACAGAAGUCAAAUCCACCCAGAACAAGGGAGAAGGAGAUUCCCUGCCAGACACGGCCAUUAUCCAGGUCGUUACUGGUUCUUACGAGCGAGUUCUUCACGGAUUCGCUGCUGCCAUUCCGCGCAGCCUCUUUGAUGGCCAGUGCGAUGAUAUACUUGCGCCUGAGUCUGAUUGGCCCAAAGUCGAUUUCACAGAUACUUUUCUCUUCAACGCCCAUUCAUCCUCUAUCCGCUGUCUUGCUCUAUCUCCGCUUUCAGACAAGACGUCCAAAAUCAUGCUCGCAACAGGCAGCACUGACGAGCGCAUAAAUCUGUAUUCCAUCUCUACAGCGCCGCCCAUAGCCUCCAAGUCCCGGCCUAAACUCCCUUCUCUCCAUGGCGGAUCCAUCACGGAGAACCCGAAGAACAAGGAGCUUGGAUCCCUGCUCCAUCACUCCUCCAACAUCACAGCCCUCUACUUCCCCACCAGGAGCAAACUCUUGAGCUCCGCAGAAGACAGCACAAUCGCUAUCACGCGGACCCGCGACUGGACUGCACUAUCGACUAUCAAGGCCCCAAUACCCAAACCCCAAGGUCGACCCAGCGGAGACACAGCAGGUCCUGGCGAAGUUCCGUCUGGAAUCAACGAUUUUGCAGUGCACCCGAGCAUGAAGGUCAUGCUCAGCGUGGGAAAAGGCGAGAAAUGUAUGCGCCUGUGGAACUUGAUAACAGGCAAGAAAGCUGGUGUCCUCAAUUUUGACCGCACCAUUCUCACAGCCGUGGGGGAAGGCCGCUUUGCUUCGGGUGAAGGCCGCCGCGUUAUCUGGGAUCCAGAAGGUGAAGGGUUUGCUGUAGGCUUCGAACACGGUAUUGUCGUCUUCAGCAUGGACUCCAAACCUAAAGUCCAAAUCACGCCUAUGCCGCGCACAAAACUUCACCAGAUGCAUUACAUAUCGCCCGCUUCGCGGCCCUAUACGCUCUGCGUUUCUACAGAAGACGGAAGGGUCCUCUUCUACGAUACAAACUCCAUGCUCCCCAGCGAACCCUCAAAGGACGAUAAGAAGACGCCAAAAGACAACCUUCCUGCUGCUAGACUGAUCGCUCAACUCGGUGGCCCGGCUGCGGGCAUGACGUCACGUGUUAAAGACUUUGAAAUCAUUACCCUCUCUCCGUCAAUCCUUCUCAUCAUUACGGCCAGCAGCGACGGCACGGUGCGCUUCUGGAUUCUUGACACCGCUGGACUAAAGACUGAAGACAGCAGUAAAGCGACUGGUUUCACAGCAAAGCAGGUGGGCAUGCUGAUCGGCUCGUAUUCUACAGGUACACGCAUUACGUGCCUGAAAGCUUUUAGUAUGACUGGAACGCCUGACUCGGAGGAGGAAGAGGAGGAUAAAGAAGAAGAGGGCGUGAGUUCUGACAGAAAGGAUGACGAGACUGACGAUAGUGUGUACGAAAGCACCUAGAUGAAACGAAAUCGAGAUGUGAUGGUGUGCAAGCAAGUUAAUUUAGCGUAUAUAUGAAAGAUACCAGCCGAUUUUGGUCCGUUUGUUUCCCGAGUCUUCGCAUCAUCAGCAGUGUCAGAUAGGAUACCACCCGGGUGUCAUAAAUUACCAGACAUACUAGUGUAAAAAAUCCAUUGUUAGUCGCCA